AUGGCCAACACCUCGCUUCUUCUGGACUUGCCGGCCGAGCUCCGCAACACGAUCUACCAACUUGCUCUCACCCACUCGAAGCCGCUGCAUUACCGCAAGCCCGAGGGCGAUGGAGAAAAAUCGUACCUCCACCUUCCCGAAGCACAUUCCCAGCAAGUGCACGACGAAACGCCUGUCGAAUACAACCAGCUCAAAUAUGAGAACAUGGCACCUGAGCAAAGAUACCGCAGUACCGAUGGUCCAAACACCAUCGCACGACUCACACAAGUCUGCAACGACGUCCCUUCCAUGAGAGUCAAGUACCACGUGCCUUUCUGGACUUGGGGCUCCUUUCAAUCUUCUCGGAGUUGCUUCUACGCCUUUGCAAUGGGUCAAUCCAUUAAGUAUUUAUACCGCGGCGAAAUGUUUCAUCUCCUCCCGGACACUGCAUCCGCCAAUCUGCAGGGAUUUGGAGAUCGAUGGCGAGACUCUGGACGCCCACAAGUGCAGUUAGCGCAAUUGCAGGCUAGGAAUCUUACAUACUUUCCUGACGUACCUGCGGAUACUCCAGUACCGAUCUUCAAGGAGGAUUAUACUGUCGCAGAAGGUGACGAGGUCCUUCCGGAAGCAGAGCAGUGGAUCGGCAACAAGUACUUCAGAGAGUGGAUGGAGCAUGGUAUCUAG